ACCAGCGGCUCAACUGAAACUCUGCCCAGAAACCUCUUAGUAUGCCAGUGAGCCAGACACAGCCCAGACCACCACAGCCAAACACACAGGGUGGAAGAGAAGGAGAGUGAGUGAGAGACACAGAGUUCUAGGCAAGUGAUGAGAGCACAGUGACUACUUGUCAUUUUAUCUCUCAUUUGGUGAUGUCAGCAGAGCUCAAUCUACUAGACAGAAGCUUGACUGAGUUGAUGGAUAUGGGUGCCAUUUUUCUUCAGUAAAACAACCCUGAGAAGUUUGGAGAAACUCCUGAGAAAAAAGAGAAGCCGGAUCUUUAUCACACUUUUGAAUAGACCGUUCAGAUAGGGGCAGAGUUUCAGCCCUGGUCUAAUCUUGUGCGUUGUGAUUCUCAUAGUGAGAUUAUUCUUCACCAUGACAGGCAGACUGCAUCUCCUGAUUCUGGCUCUUCACCUUGCCCCGCUGAUGGAACAUGUAUCAGGCUGUCCCCCAGGAUUCUCGAAAAUUGAGAAAGAUUGCAUCGAUGAGGAUGAGUGUAAUCCUCCUAGUGAUUACUAUGACGAUGACCCUGUAACACCACAAAUCUGUGGUGAGAAUGCAGCAUGCAUCAACACUGAAGGAAGCUUCUACUGUCAAUGUGCUCUUGGGUUCAGAUCAUCAUCACAGCGGAUGAACUUCACAGCUGCCUCACCUGAAAAAUGUAUAGACAUCAACGAGUGUUUGGAGAAUAAGGACACCUGUUGUCCCAAUGCCGAGUGUCACAAUGUGUUAGGGUCCUACUCCUGCAUCUGCAAUGAGGGGUUUGUCUCCAGUACUGGAGCGGAAAGUUUUACAUUUGGCCAAAGAGCCACGUGUGAAGCUCUUCACCUUGCCCCGCUGAUGGAACAUGUAUCAGGCUGUCCCCCAGGAUUCUCGAAAAUUGAGAAAGAUUGCAUCGAUGAGGAUGAGUGUAAUCCUCCUAGUGAUUACUAUGACGAUGACCCUGUAACACCACAAAUCUGUGGUGAGAAUGCAGCAUGCAUCAACACUGAAGGAAGCUUCUACUGUCAAUGUGCUCUUGGGUUCAGAUCAUCAUCACAGCGGAUGAACUUCACAGCUGCCUCACCUGAAAAAUGUAUAGACAUCAACGAGUGUUUGGAGAAUAAGGACACCUGUUGUCCCAAUGCCGAGUGUCACAAUGUGUUAGGGUCCUACUCCUGCAUCUGCAAUGAGGGGUUUGUCUCCAGUACUGGAGCGGAAAGUUUUACAUUUGGCCAAAGAGCCACGUGUGAAGCUCUUCACCUUGCCCCGCUGAUGGAACAUGUAUCAGGCUGUCCCCCAGGAUUCUCGAAAAUUGAGAAAGAUUGCAUCGAUGAGGAUGAGUGUAAUCCUCCUAGUGAUUACUAUGACGAUGACCCUGUAACACCACAAAUCUGUGGUGAGAAUGCAGCAUGCAUCAACACUGAAGGAAGCUUCUACUGUCAAUGUGCUCUUGGGUUCAGAUCAUCAUCACAGCGGAUGAACUUCACAGCUGCCUCACCUGAAAAAUGUAUAGACAUCAACGAGUGUUUGGAGAAUAAGGACACCUGUUGUCCCAAUGCCGAGUGUCACAAUGUGUUAGGGUCCUACUCCUGCAUCUGCAAUGAGGGGUUUGUCUCCAGUACUGGAGCGGAAAGUUUUACAUUUGGCCAAAGAGCCACGUGUGAAGAUAGAAACGAGUGUGUGGACGACAGCACAAUUUGCGGGAAGCAUACACAGUGCGUCAACACACCAGGCAGCUACUCCUGUGUCUGCAAUCCAGGGUUUGGCCUGAAGUCUGGCAAAGCUCAAUUCACAGAGAAUGGAGAAUCAUGUGAGGAAAUAACAGAUCAGAAAGCCACCACAGACCAGACAGCAACCACAGACAGUGAGGAUGCUCAAGGUGCUAAAGACUUGUGUAAAAUAAAUAGGUUUAUCUGUGGAGGGAAUGGAACGUGCCAUAAUGCCGCCAACAGUGGCCAUCGGUGUGCGUGCCAUGCAGGAUUCACCAACUACGGAGACCCACAGGGGAGAUGUACUGAGUUGAACUGUGACACGUUUGCGAGUGAGAAGCAUCUUAAGAUGGUCAUCCCAGGUCUGCAGGAUGCUGUGGCCCUGAUGAGGACCAGUUGUCUGGAGUUGAGUGAGAGUAAUACGGCAGAACAAGUCGAUGGAGAGGCCCUGCUAGAGACUCUGUUGUCUGCUAUAGACAGGCUCCUGUCUCGCGGGCCUCUGAAUAAUAACAAGGAAGUGAGUGUCUUGCUGGACCUGGUAGAGACUGCUCUGAGAAUAAUCGGACCUCUGCUGAAACACCCCGAGACCAGGAGGUUCAAAACUCACACCGAGGUGGAGCUGUUGGUGCAGAGAAAUGCCUCCUCACCCCAGGGACCCCUCACCUUGUCCUCUACACACGCUCAGCUAGACAGCCACUGGGAGACUGCUGCUGGAGACACCUCCUACCCAGGAUUUGCAACGGUGUCCCUGCUCAGCUACAAGGGUCUGGAGACAUCCACCAACAAUUCCUUCUCAGGGCUGAAGGCACAGGAGGGCCACAGCUUCCAGAUCAACUCCAAAGUGGUGACGGCCACCAUUAGUAACAAGGACACAUCCUUUCUCAAGGAGCCAGUCACAUUCACCUUCUCCCAUUUGAAGGAGUCAGAUGAAGGGAGCUACACCUGUGUGUACUGGGAUGCUGAGUUGGGAGAAGGGACCUGGUCUGAUCGAGGCUGUUUCCUGCUGCAGUCCAAUGCCACCCACACUGUGUGCUCCUGCUACCAUCUCAGCAGCUUUGCUGUUCUUAUGGCUCUCUAUGAGUUCAAGACAUCCAAGAGCACCCAGAAGACGGGAGAGUCUCAGAUCUAGGGGGCUGGACGCUGGUUGCUGGACAUGACCCCAUGAUGCCUGACCUUGUGACCUCCUAGCAACACCUGGGAGUUUUAUAAAACCAUAAUCACCCUGGUUUAAUGACAUGCAUAAGUUAAUGCUUGCCUGGUCCGAGAUCUGUUUGUGCUGUCUUGCCAAAAGAGCACAAAAGGACCAGGAUAGAUUGAUGGGAUGGUUGAUGUACGUUUUUUUGUGACAAUUAUAUUUCGCUUUAAGCAGUAUUGUGCACAUUUUUUAAAGAUUCUGUAAAUAUUACUGUACUUUUUCGUUGGGCUGGCCUGGAUAUUAUUUUAAGCUAAAACUCCAAAGAGUAACGAUAACAAAGUUAUUUAUUGUUUUACACUGAUUUUCCUAUUCACAGUUUCAUGUGUCUUUUUCCAACCUUGAUAUUCUUUGGAUUAUAUAAUGCUGAUGAGAAACCCCCCUCCUACUGUAGAAGAGUGAACUAGUCCUGCAUGGUUUAACCAGGGACAACUUUUCAUGGAUUAUUACAUUAAGCAUUAUCCAGGUACUUUCUCUGAUCUUAAAAUACAUAACAGAUGAAAGCAACAAAUUAUAAAAAAUAGUCAUAAACUAUCAUGGUUUUAUUUAAAAAGUAAUUGUUUAAAACAUAACCAUCAAAGGUCGAGUUGUGAGAGUCAGAUUGAAAUCAUGUCAGAUUGAAAUGUAUAUUUUGUGUAUAUAGUUUUAUAAUUGUAUCUCAAUUUUAAAAGAGAUCAACCAAAAAAUGUAGAAGAAUCAUGAUCAUGACUGUUAUUGUUUCUAGUAAGGUGUGCAUCCUGUCAAAUAAGGACAAAUUAAAAUCAUUGUAAAUAUUUUCUUAGUAAAGAUCAUUUGUAUGACUGUUUUUUUUACUGGGAAAUGGCAUGCUUUUAUCACUGUACUGUAACUUCUCUGUUUUUAGACCUUUAUUUGCCAUGAGAUAUUUUAAUUGAAUAAAAUAUUAAAAUAUUU